AUGGAAUCCGAAAGUUCAACUAGUGCACCGACGCCAUUAUUUGAAGCUUCAUUAGUUGAACCAAAGCUUUUUGGAUCACUUGCAAGGAUUGUGAAAAUUCCAAGCGUUCAAGAAGUUAUCUUGACAAUUACCGAAGAGGGAAUUAGGUUGCAGUCUGGUCGAGCACAACUUAGCCAAGUGUGCGCUUUCAUAAAUAAAAGAAGUUUUCUGACAUACGACUUGAAUAUACAGAACGAACAGGCAGAACUGAAAAUAGCAGUACCCAGGAUGCAACUUGAAAAGGUCCUUAAUUUAUAUUCUGAAGAUGUGAAUCAAAUAGAUAGUAGCUUUUUCCGUGACGAGGAAUGCAUACCUUACGGAAUUAUCACGUGGACCUUUCUCUGUCAAACAGCGAAUGAAAUGUCUGUUAAGGUUGAGCGAGAAAAUGAUUUCCAUUCCACCUAUCCCUUAGAAGUUAUUUUAGCCAAUCCUCUAGAAGUUUUUGCCCCAGAUGAACAAAGCUUGGCAAUGGAGAUGAAGAUGCAAGGUAGCAAGUUUAAGACAUUGUUUAAAAAUGUACUCAAGUGCAAAAAAACAUUUCAAUUUCAAAGUUCAACACGAGAUAUUUUGGCCAUAGUAUCGCGUGCACAUCAACCCGAAUAUUACGGAUUUAAGUGCGAAAUAUCACGUUCUAAUGUAAUAUAUAGCUCACCCGAAUUCCCGGAAUUCAACUUUUGGUAUUAUGGAAAAUAUUUGACCCUGGAUUUCUAUAAUUCUAUCCGCGACGAGGGGAAUGUUAAAGUCAAAGUUUACAAUGACGGCAUGCUUCAUAUUCAGAAUAUGAAAGUCAAAGAUAUGACAUACGGCUUCAAACUGGAACUUGUCAUUUACCCUGCUAUAUCGGAUAUUGAUAGUGAGAUGUUACACGUUUCUAUUGACAAUCUAGCAUUUAAACAGCGCAAUCUUAACGAGAUGGUCAUUGCUG